UGUAGAAAGGAAUGUUUUCAGCUCUACAAAUCAACAGAUCCAGUUUUGGUUCAAGAGACGAUCCUUUAACACAGUUUAGUCUGAGCUGACCCGAGGCAAACAUAACCUACCAGGUUUUAGGCGUAAAAUUAGAGCUCUAACUUAACCUGUCACUCUUGUAUUUUUUUUAAAUGGUUCUUUUUGUUUUUUCCUUUUGACUUCAUCUUAUUCGUGCAUAUUUCCAGCUAAAAAAAGACACAAAAGGAACGCCCCCUUGGAGGUAAGAUAGCUCAGGUGUGAGGAAGACAGGCUCAUUCAAAACAAGACGAAGAACGGUCGGAACAGCUGGGACUUCCAACAUGUCUGGGAAAAAAUUUGCCGGGUUCACAAGCGGAAUAGAUCCAAGGGAGAGGAGAAUUAUUCUAGUCGGGAAGACUGGAGUUGGGAAGAGUGCCACAGGAAACACCAUCCUUGGGAGGGAGGCUUUUGAGUCAGACCUGUCUCCAUCUUCUCUGACAGCAGAAUGCCAUAAAGCCCGGGGGGUCGUUAACGGCCGGAAUGUGGCCGUUAUCGACACGCCAGGAUUGUUUGACACAGACUUUACCCAAGAGGACGUGCUGAAGAAAAUCAAGAUGUGCAUCUCUCUGUGCGCUCCGGGUCCUCACGCCUUCCUGGUGACUCUUGAGUUGGGCAGGUUCACGCAGGAGGAGAAGGAUACCGUCAAGAUAAUCCAGGACACCUUUGGAGAAGAUGCUCAGAGGUACACAAUGGUGCUGUUUACUCAUGGAGACCAGCUGAAGAAUCAGACCAUUGAAAACUUUAUUUCAGAGAGCGCAGACCUGCGAGCCCUGAUUGACAAGUGCCAGGGCAGAUACCACGUCUUCAACAACGAGAUCAAAGACCCAAAGCAGACCUACUUGCUUUUAGACAAGAUUGAAGAGAUGGUUGCGGCCAAUGGCGGAGGGUACUACACAAAUGCAAUGUUUGAAAAAGCAGAGGCUGCCAUAUUGAAGGAAAAGGAGCGAAUACUGAAGGAAAUGGAAGAACAGCAGAAGAGGGAGCUGGACCAGCUCAGAGUCAAGUACAGUGAAGCCGUUUACCGCAUGGAGGAGACCAAGGUGAUCAUGCACUACCACCAGGAGGCACGCAGCCGAGCUGAGAAGAAAAACGAAUUCCUCACCGCGCCAACAAUUGCUGUGGCCACGACCUGCGGUGCCGCCAUUGGAGGUGUGCUGGGUGUGUGUGGCGGACCAAUCGGAGUGGCAGUUGGGAUCGCUGCCGGAGCUGCAGUCGGAGCUGCUGUUGGGGCGUUGACAAUAUCAGUUAGCAAAAACUGUCACAUUCAAUAACACGAGAGGGGCAAAUUCAGCUCUCAGUCUGUCUCUGAUUAAUGUAGAAAUACAUAGAGCUUUCAGCAGCUUCUUUUCUGUCAACUUGAUUUUGCAUAGAUUAAAUCAGUAAACAAACAUGCUUGAUAGGAUAAAAUAGAUUUGUCUAAUUAAAUGCUACAUUCCUGUUUAUUCCUGAAAGGAAAUGCUAUACACGAGUAUGAAUCUUUUUUUAACUGUGAAAGACUGUUGAACUACAACUACAUGUACUGCAGCUGUAUGUAAUCCUGUUCCAUAUAUUGAGAAUUCUCUAAAUAUUAAGGGAUCCAAAUCUGGAGAUGCUGGGAAACUGUACAUUGUCUCUGAAAUCAAAUCACAAACACCAAUCAGGUGAUGGAUAGAUUGGCGAGGGAGCACAUCGUUGUUUUAUUAUGUACAUCUUGAUCCAAUCACAUGAAAUGAUUGUGAUUUUGAUUCCAAUAUUCCCUUUGAUUUUGAAAACUGUAACAUUCUGACAUUUUACAAAUUAGAAAUAAAGACAAAAAUGACACAAAAAUAAAAGUCUUCUUUCUAUUUUAAACAUAGCAAAACUAAACUGAUUAUCAUUGAUUUAUUUCACAUUAAUGAUACCAGUUUGAUUCAUGGUCUCAGCAUACUGGCUUCUAAAUUUGAGGUUUUGUGGGUGGUUUUUAUUCUGAUAUACUGACUGCUGGUGACAUUUUGUUUUUGUUUUCCUUUUAUAGAUCUGUUUGGCUUUCAUUUUUAUUGUUUUACAUAAAUAAAGAUCAGUUUUUCAUCAUGAUGAUCCUGGU